UGAAUUGAUUUAUUAUUCAAUUUAAGAAUGCUCUCAUGAAAUCCUCUGCAACACUUCUUUUACCUUCUACUACUUCAAACCUUAACCAAUUCGUCGAAAAUGGCGAAACUUUCUCUUCCUGUGCUUCAUCUCCAUAAUGGUGGACCUUUGGACUUUAAAUCCUUCUUCAGUUGCAGAACAAUUCCCAAUAAUUUCUCUCAAUUCAAAGGUGGAUAUUUUGUUCCUAGCAUUACAGUACGGAAAAUAUCUUGCACCAGCACUCAUGUUUCUGUACAGCAUAGCCAAAGGCAUAUUAUAUUUUCAAAAGUUCCACUGUUAUUUAAGGUCAAUAGAAACUCGUCUUUGCUACCUCCUCAAAGUGGGUCUCAAUCUGCGGAGCGUAUGUUUAUACGGUCUUUUUCACAAGAGGUACCACUGUCAGAGUUGCAGGAUGGACAAGGUGUUUCUACACCAAAUUCUACAGUUAAUGAUGGGGAUAUUUUGCGUGAAAAGAGAACAUUUAAGAACAGGUUUAUGAAUUUUGUACGCUUUGGCUCCGUCAUAAAUGACACAGCUGAAUCAUUUUUUAAGAGUGAAAUUCGCCGUAGAUUGUUUGUUACUGCUGCUCUGUUAAUUGCUAGCCGUGUUGGAUAUUUCAUCCCGCUGCCUGGGUUCGAUCGCCGAUUGAUACCUCAAGACUACCUAAGCUUUGUUUCUGGAUCAGCUGAUGAACUUGGUGAUUACGCACCAGAAGUGAAGAUGUCACUUUUUCAGCUGGGAAUCAGCCCUCAGAUAGCAGCAUCUAUUCUUAUGCAGAUACUUUGUCAUGUUGUUCCUUCAUUGGUUAAGCUGCGAAAAGAAGGUUUAGAUGGUCAUGAGAAAAUCAAGGCUUAUAUAUGGUGGAUCUCUCUUGGCUUUGCCAUUUUGGAAGCCUUGAUAGUUGCUUGUCAUUCAUUACAGUAUUCCAUUUAUGGUGCCAGUCAUAGGGUUAAGCAUGUGAUGGUAGCAUCUCUUUUGAUGGUAUGUGGUGCUAUGACUAUGACUUGGAUAUGUGACAAAAUUUCAGAGGCUGGAUUCGGUCAAGGAUCAUCUCUGGUUAUUUGUGUGGGAAUAUUGACCAGCUACACAAAUAUACUAUGCAAAAUGCUGUCGCAGUUUUCAGGAAGUGCUUUGAGUUGGUCACCAUAUGCUCUUGGUUUAUUAGGCAUCUUUAUGGCUGUAACCAUGUGGGCAGUCGUUGUGACUCAAGGUUGCAGGAAAAUCAAGCUGCAGUACUAUGGUUUCAAGCUUGCUUCCACAGCGAGGAAUGAGUCUCCAAUUACUGAAGUGGAGCCCUACAUUCCAUUUAAUAUAAACCCAUCUGGAAUGCAGCCUGUUCUCACUACAUCAUAUCUCUUGGCAGUUCCUAGUAUACUUGCAAGUCUGCUAGGUUCACGAUUUUGGGAACAUGUUAAAGAGAUACUGAAUCCAGAAACAUCAGUUGGAGCAGAACCGUGGGUCUAUUACACAAUAUAUGCGUUCUUUGUUUUUGUUUUCAACAUUUUUGAUAUUGCCAAUAUGCCAAAGGAAAUUGCUGAGUAUUUGAACAAGAUAGGUGCUAGAAUCCCAAAAAUAAAACCUGGAAAGGCAACUGUGGAAUACUUGACAAAAAUUCAAGCAUCAACACGUUUUUGGGGGGGUUUGUUGUUGAGCAUCUUGGCCACUGGCUCAAUAUUACUUGAUAACCAUUUGCGCCGUAUCAAUGAGAGCUUUGCUAUUGGAUUUACUUCGGUUCUCAUCAUUGUGGGUUCUAUAAUUGACCUCAGAAGAUCCUAUCAAGCGUAUAACGUGAUGCCAACAUUGAGCAAAGUUCUUAGGCGGUAUGGCUUAUGAUAAGAAUGUAUGAUAUCGGCUCCAUAUCCAGUUCUUUCACUCCCAAAGCCACAAUUAGCCGGAUGGUUACAUACUCCUCAUUGGCGUUACAGAAUAUACAUGCGUUUUUCUGUGCUACGUCUCAAUGAGCUUCCAAUUUCUUUGGAGCCGGAACUAUGAUCUCAAUUAAAUCUAAAGCUAUAUUACAUGAGCAACCACUGCACCACUCAAGAUGGAUUAGUAUGAAGUUUGUGUGUUCAAGCCUUGAGUCUUGGAAAUGUGACCUCCUGUUGGUCUCCAUAUAGCUGCCUGGAAUUUUGAAGUGCCCUGUAUUUUGAUGUAUUUUCUGUAAAGGUUUGUGGACGACUGUACGUCAGGUGUUCAUUCCUAUAUCCAGGUUCUGGAUCUGCCAGCAUAGUGCAAAAAUACAAUUUUGGCUGAAAAUCGGAAAUGCGAUUUCUGCGAAACAGAGUUUGAAGACUUGUAGUCAUAUAUGAUGUUUCUGGUAUUAUUUUGUAUUUGGCAGAAAUGAUUUAUCCUGAAAUGUUAUUGGGGGCUUAUUACUGCAUACUGAAGACAAGUAUUUGAUACAAUUUCAAAGAUGUUGCAAUUAAGAAAACAUUGCACUAA